AUGUCCAAGUCUCAGAGCUACAAAAAAUCAAAGUCCAGCUCCAGCGCGGGCAGUCUGGAGGAUUUCUUAAGCGUCACAAAGCUGAGAAUCAGCGACGAGGACAAGGAGGACUCUUCCUGCCAGUCGCUCGAUGCCAUCUCCGAGCAGUCUGCUCCUUCGGAGAAGCUGCCGCAGGUGGACGUGCCGCUCCAUCCACCUUUUGUGGCGCUCAUCAGCAAUCUGCCCAUGGAGAGCAGCGAGCGGGAGCUGCGGCAGCUCUUUGCCCAGCACACAAUUCGCUCCGUCAGCAUGUUGCGGCGUGGCAAGCGGCAGCGGCAGCGGCAGCGGCAGCAUGGAGCCGCACAGCUGGAGCUGCAGACACGACAGGAUCUGCUCGAGCUGCUCAAGAAGAAUCAAUUGCUGUGCCGCGGACGUCGCCUGAGCAUCACCGUGUGCCAGGAUCUGGGCGCAGGCGGCGAUGAUUGCUGGAGCAUGCACUCGGAUGGACGCUGGAGUCGUCGCUCGGCCAGUGGGGGACGCCACUCGGGCAGCGAUGCCGAUGAGAGCUGCUCGGAGCAUUCGCUGCCAAGUCGCGGUGAGGAGUCCACCAGUUCCCCGCUGCACAUCAGCCGCAAGCCCAGCAGCAACGAGGAGCUGGAGCGGCGCAUGCAGAUUCGUCUCCAGAAGUUGGCGGAGUUUGAGAAUGCCCAAACGGAGCGGCUGCAGGCGCAGCAGCAGAGCUCCCAGGGGGAAGAGGGUGAGGCUCCAUCUGUCCCGAGCAUGUCCUGGCCUGACUUUUGGGCAGAGGUGCAGAAGAGCGAGGAUUUGGAAUAGCAAAAUGUCUCACAGAUUCUUCACAAGUUACAGGAAACUGCAGAGCUGGGGGCAGGGUUGCAAAACGAUAAAACGAAUACGGAACUAGUUCUCAGAGUUCG